CGAGGAACUCGGGGUGUGCGAAACUAUGAAUCUUUACGCAUGGAACUUAAAGCUCAAAUGUCCUUUUCUACAUUGUCCGAGUUACUGUACGUACGGAGACAAGAAAUAUCUGUUAUUUUUACGUACAUUUCCGGUGUUCGCUUUCAGGUGGCGCUGUUAAAAUGACAAUUUUACCACGUGGGCUCAACUGUUGUUGAUGAAUAUACGCUUAUUGCAAAUGACGAUUUGAGAGUUUACCUAUUUAAAUAUGGCGAAAACAAAAAAUCCGAAAAUCAUCAAGUCUACACCUCGUGAGGAUGGAGCCAAACAAAGUGAUGCAAUUCACGAAAAUGAGGAAAAGACUGUACACAAUAUACCAAGAGGCAGACCGAAGUCAGGGCGGGUUUGGAAAACAGUGCGAACAGAAAGAUAUUCUGAAAUCAGGAAAAUCAAGUCACUCAAGUCAACAUGGGCUCAGAAAAUGCAGAAAAAGGCAGAACUGAAGUCAAUUAAAGAUUUUGAAAAACAGCUCAAAGCGAGCAAGGACCAAGAGAGGGAGAAUUUAAAGCAGCGAAGAGAACUGAACAAGAAAAGAAGACUCGAAAAUGAAAGGAAAGCUGAAAUUGUACAGCCUAUAAGAAACACAGCCAAAAUCAAGAGGAUGAAAAAGAAACAACUUCGAAAACUGGAGAAGAGAUAAAAGAAACAUGUUUGUAUGUAAAAAAUAUUUACAAAAAAUGAGUGUCUGAUAGUUCUGUUGUUUUUGUUUUUGCUCCAGU